CUGUGUGGAUUUGCUUUGUUUGCAUUAAAAUUCAGAAAUUCAAAUUUCAAGCAGUUAUUGUCGCGUCGUUGUAAGUGCAAGAAGGCUGGUGUAAGAAAAAGAAAAGAAAGAAAUAGGAGAAUUUCUAAAAGUUAAUUCAAUUGAAAAAUAUACUUCAAUUGUUCUUGUUAUAUUUGUUAUAAAAAGUAUUAAUUGUUUAAAAAAUAUUAUAAUUUUAAUAUUUACAAAAUAAAAUGGAUCCUUUCACUCAGCGCAUGCUUGAGAAAGCGGAACAGCGCAGUCGUGCCCUUGGUAUAAGUAAUGCUAGUAAAUAUCCGCUAGCAGAUGCAUCCUCGGACGUUAUUGCCUCUAACGCAUUAAUGCCAAAUCAGCUUAAAACAAAUCAAAAGGAACGAAUACAAAAACAACCACAACAGCCGCAGCAAAAAACUAGCGUAAUAUCUGCUUCAAGCAUUGGCGGAAAAAUAAUUGAACGAAUUCCUGCAGAUGCUUCUAAAAUUCCUCCAAACACCGUAGUAAACUUUUCCAAUGUGAAUAAGGAAAAUGUAGAUUUGGGAAUAGAAAUUAAUAUUAUGACAAAUAACGAUGUAGAGGUACAAGUUGAAGUAGAAGAACGGGAUAUAACAGAUAGUGAAGAAGAUUGUGAAGAUAACAGUAAGCUACCAAAAGAAGCAAUAAAUCAACCUUUAGCCAAAAUACGUGAUACUUCACGUAAUCGUUUGCAGAGGUUAGGUGCACUCUACUCGAACACUGAUGAUUUAUCGUCUCCAAUACAUCGGACUGAAGCACAGUUUCAUGCUGGUUCCUCUGAUGAUGCAUGUUUAAAUGACAGCCCCUCAAAAUCGAAACAACGGUAUGGUAGACUUGCAGCUUUAGCUAACUCUAUAAACCAAUGGGAAGAUGAUACACAGCAUCAUCAUAUAAAUACAAUUCCACCACCAAAACCUGAUUUACCUAGUAGAAAACUUGCAGACACAGCUAAAAAUUGUCAAAAAAUAACACAAUCGCAGGCAACAGUACCAAACCAAACUACUGAAGAAGUAAAACAAAAUGACUCCUGUGAUCGUAUUAGCAGCAGUAAAACUAAACAGCUUAAUUGGGAUCCCAAGGUUAUAAAUUCACUUGAAGCACAAGGUUUUCAGAGACGAGAAUCCACAACAACUAAGCUAGCUUACGAUUAUACAAACAAGGAAUGUAAUGUGAACCGAGAGAGAGACCUCGAUAAACAACAAAAAGAACAAACAAAGUUAUGCACUAAUCCAGUUAAUAAUAAUAUAUCUAAAAACUUAAAAAAUACAGUAAAUGAAGAAUUAGAGAAACCAAAAUUGGCAAACGUCAAACCUGGUUUAGUCUCAGGACGUGCCGCUGUUUUUGAGCAUAAGGCCGCUACAGCAAAUCAACAAUUGCAGCGUCCACAGAAAGAUCCUACCGAAUUAUCGCUAAAGGAACGUUUGCAACUGUUUGAAAGAAAUAAAGGAGAAGCUCUUGUACCAAAAGCUGCGUUCGGAAUGGCACCUUCUAUUAGCAAGAUAUUGCAAGACAAAAAAGAGGAAGCAAAAUCAAUUACAUCACAUGCACAGAUAGCACCACCGGUUUGCAUUAAAUCAAAUGUUGGUGAUUGUAAAGUACGUGACAAAGUAGCCGCGUUGGUGGCAAACGCUAAAACAAUCUCAGAGUCUAAAAUUAAAGCUGACAUUUACAAACAACGUCAGGAAGAUAUGCAGAUAUUGGCGAAUCGAGCUAAUCAGCAGAAGGAAUUGUUUGAAAAAAAUAUGGAAAUCGAAAGCAAUACAAAAACUGUGUCUGCAGGAGUACAAUCAGAGUUUAUAAAAAAUAAAACUGCUGCUUUAAUAGCAGCUAGUAGUGUUGUACGUCCGUCGCCACCUCCACCACCACCACCAAUGCCUAAAUUUGUUUCCAAUCAAUUAACAGCCAAACGAAGAUCACCCGGAAAUACAAUUGACGAUGAAAGUAAGCGUGCUAAGAAAUCAAAUGUGCCGCUUUUAUCUUCACAUAAUAUUGAAGCAGUUCAACCUAAGAAUCAGUUAUAUCCUGCAUUAUCCGAUUUGGAAUCAAACGAUUCAGAAUCAUAUAUAGACAACUGCUGUACGACUGCAACCGUUUCUGCGGGUGACGCUGCUGAGGAUGAUAAUGAAAAUGAAAGUUACGUGGAAUCUGAGGAGGCUGAAGAUAGCAGCGUUGGGAUAUGCGAUGGUAGUUUGGGUAGAGAAAUAAUGCAAGUUGUAAAGCACAACGAACACAACAGCCACGAAAAACACGAACAAAUGCAGUCAAGGAGUACCAAG